UCACGGUCGGCAUCGGUACCUAUGAGGGCCAGGGUAUCACCAAUCAGAGGCAAGCAGGGCGUAUACAGCGAUCAGCCGUGCAGCCAGCCAAAGGUGGCGGCUCGUCCCGGCGCUGACCUUGGCCCUCGAUACACGCCCAGGCACACAACUCCGCCACAUACCCCCAUCACCCGAACACGGUCGCCCUCCUCAGUCGUGCUGGUGAGACUUGCCAGUAUGGGCACGAAGGGCGCCAGCUUGACCAGUGGAGGCAGGGACGGCCGGACACUCCACAGGGUGAAGAGCAGCUGGACACCUAUGGCGAGCACCUUGAUGUUGGUGCUCUCGCGCAUCGCCUUCAGCAGCGGCUCCAGGACGCCUGCGGCCGCCACCACGGCAUCGCGACCGGCCACUGAUCCCUCCGUGACGUUGCACAGCGCCUCGAUGGCCUCUGUACGCACAUCGUCAUCGGGUGACGACACGAGCUGCACCAGCGGCGGGACCGCACUGGCAUCCACCACGGCCGCGGCAUGACGCAGCGCCAGUCUGCUAAGGGCCACCGCUGCUGCCACACUCUCCAGCUCCUCGCGCCCGCUCAGCUGCUCGACCAAGACAGGCACCACAACGACGUCGACAGCCUUCUGCUCUAUGGUGGCAGCCAUGUGGUCGAUGCUCAACAGGCGGAGGAGCUGAUACAUGGCGCGGGACCAGAGUUGCUGAUCGCUCGCCGACGCCGUCAGGUGGCAGAUGUCGGUCAU